UUUCGUGUUCGAUAAUACCGAUUGAGAUACCGAAAUUAUUUAGUGAUUGAAAUUGUGAUUAAUUUUAAUGUAUAAUUCGAUAUUCAAAAUUUCAAUAUUUGAUAGUGAGCAAGGUUGUCAAACCGGUUUAUACCGUUGUGCCGGUUUGGCAAGUGGAAUGGUACGACCAGUGGUAUAACCAGUUUGUGCCGAUUCAUGCCGGUUUAAAAAAAUGUGAAAACAAUUAAUAUCCAAUGUAUUUAAACAUAUUUGUGGACAAUUGAGUUACAAUCUAACAAAUAUCAUCAACUUUUAACUAUUUCAUGCAUAAAAUGAAUAAUAAAUUAAUUUUUGUAUUCAUUAAAUUCAUUAAAACGAUGUCAUUUUACUUAGAAUACGUAAAUCGAUCAUACCGGUUAUACCGGUGAUGUCAUGUCGAUUUCAUGACCGGCACAGGUUGAACCAGGUUCAACCGGAUGACAUGCCACCGGCACGACAACCAUGAUAGUGAGGUACCGAUAUUAUACCUAUUUCCACCCCUAUUCUACUAAUAGGUGUGAGACAGACAACCUUCACCCUCACCCCUAAAUCAAACUAUUGUCAACUGACGUUGCCAAGACGAGGGCGGAAUGACGGACGUGACCCUGCUGCGUCCCUGCCAAAUUAAAUCACAGCCACCCUAAAAGCCACUCAGUGGGUUUUAACUUUUUAGACUGAGACGGGAGCCGUACCAGGUAAGUUACAUACACCACUCUAUAGCCCUAAAAGCUGCUGCCUGCUUCUAUUCUCAGUUGCUGUUUGCUCGCUCACAGUCUUCCCGUCUCCUCUCUCCCUCCCGUUACUCACCGGUCACUCACCACGUCCAACUUCUGCAGCCCGUCAGUCAUGCUUUCAUACUCCAGAAGUUUCCAACCAUUUCGCCCUCAACCGGAGAAUUUCUCUGAUGAUCCAGGGGCAGACGAGUUUCUUAACGCAGCUUUCUCCGGAGACCUUCCGCUUAUCAGGAGGCUGGCUCGUGCGCUUGAAAAGCCAGUAGAAUCCGUUCGGGACGAUAAUGGCCGGACCGCAUUCCAUUACGCUGCAGUUGGGGGUAAGACCCAUGUCUGCAGGUUUUUCCUUGACAAAUUGAAAGUCGCUGUUGAUAUCAGGGAUGGAUCAGGCGAGACUCCCUUACACCAUGCAAUUUUAGGUGAUAACUACUCUACCGUAGUGUACCUUCUUGACAAUAAUGCUGAUCCAAAUGCCGCAGCUGCUGAUCAUGGGGACUUUAGGCCUUUGCAUUAUGCUGCUUCAAGAGGAUUCAAGAAACUGGCGCUCCUUCUGUUGUCAAAAGGUGCUCAUGUUGAUGCAAAAUCUUUUAUGGGCGCCCCAUUGCAUUUUGCAGCUCAAGAUAAAGCAAUGGUUUCAACAUUAUUAAAUCACAAAGCCAAUCCUAAUAUGGUUGUCUUUGAUGCAUUUUCUCCACUGAUGAUGGCGAUUUCCCUGCAAUCUUUCGACUGUGUGAAGCUACUACUGAAGGGUGGAGCAGAUCCAAACUUAACUCCAAGCCUAACCAAGCUUGGAAUGACUCCUCUGGGUUCUGCUGUCAUGGAGGGUACCACAGAGAUCAUCAAGCUGUUGUUACAAGCAGGAGCAGAUCCUAACAAGACUGAUGUGUAUGGAUUGACACCAAUUGAGAUAGCUGCUAUACUUAAAAAUUGCUCCGAGGCUGCUGAGGUACUGUUCCCACUCACCUCACCUAAUCCCAAGGUGCGCAAUUGGAGCUUUGAUGGGAUAAAAGAGUACGUGAAUUCUGUAGGUCAUAUCAUAGAGAGAGAUAUGAUAAAUCAGGAACGUUUUCUAACGUUCAAAUCAAAGGGGAAAGACGCAGUCAACCGUAAGGAUUAUGCUGAAGCCAUGGUUUGGUACAGUAUGGCCAACGAUAUGGCACCUACUGAUGCAGCUGUGUUGUCGAAUCGAAGCCUAUGUUGGGCACGUAUGAAGGUAGGUGAGGAAGCUCUAAAUGAUGCACGGGAAUGCUUGAAACUGAGUCCCAACUGGUCUAAGGCAUACUACAGGGCUGGCAUAGCCUGGAACUUGCUCAAAGAUUUUCAGAAAGCAGCUGAUAUGUUUGCUGCUGGACUUCAGUUAGACCCUGAGAACAAAGAGCUUCGCGGCGCUUUCAGGGAAGCUUUAGCAGCAGCAGGAGCUCGUGGGAACACUAGUAGACUGUUUUGACUUUUGAUCUUGGAUCAGCCUGCUUUCGGACUAGGAACUAGAACUGGAAGGAGUAGUCUGGAAUUGGUUCCAACUUUUGGGUUCAUGAUCCCGUUGCUCUAACUGCUAAUAUGGUGCGAGUCAGCGCUCAGGUAGCGUUUUACCUGUAUUUUGGUGUGCCUGCGUUCCAGUCUACUGGCAGGGGUAUGUUUGCGGGACGCUGCUGUAACGCUGUAAAGUGAACGUGGUGAAAUCCCUACUAGUCUACUACAGUCUAGGAACUAACAACGGUUAGUUGUUCUGAACGUUGGAACAGUUAUGUUGAAGACUCUUUAGUCUUUACUUAGCGGAAGCCUGAACCGUACAAAUCCAAAUCUGAUCUAUGUUAUAAUUAUGCCGCUGACGUCAAAAUAGUUAUAUUAUUUAUUCGAUGUACUUGAGCGCACAAUCAGAGAUAAACCGAAUAAUUUUCACGGUUGUACAUGAAAUUUGAUGAACCACCUCAAUUUGAGUGGUCUUAUGGUUCAUCCUCUUAACCACAAAAAUUUUGAAAACAAAGGAAAUUAUAAUGUGAAUUGAGAACAUUCAACCAUAGUUAUUAAGUUUACUUCUACUUUCUCUUUUGUUGCCUAGUCUCCUUGCUGAAUUAAGGCGAUCCACUACCAUCUGCCAGUAAGGGUGAACAAAAAUGAACAAAAAUAAACACGCCCCUAACCAACCACUUGUAUUUAUCGCUACAAUUAAUGUGUAAGGUUGGGUGAUGAUUUUCUUUUGCGGAAACUGUCUCUUUUAGGCUGGGUGCGAGUUUUAGUUUACACAAUUCGUAUAUACCCGACCCAAAUAGUUAGAGGGAAAGUUCCCUACCCCACACCCAAACAUCCUUGCAUACUGUUCAGGAUUAUCAACGUCACCGACGACAUACAUCAUACUUUUGUGAGUAUUAACUUUAAGUCCAGAAAUAACCCCAAAAUAAACCAACACAUCUAAGAGAUCUCUGGCUUGUUCGUUGGAUGCUUCACAUUUAAAAGCAUAUUAUCGUCCGCAUAACAUUGGUGGGUCACCUCCCCUAAGCUUUCUUCCUCAUUCAUGUAGAAACCUCUCACUAAACCCUUCUCCGGUGACGUUUGUAAAAGCAUAGAGAGCAGCUCCAUUGCGAUGAUGAAAAGAAACGGGAAAAGGGGAUCCCUUGACGAAGGCCGCGACUACUCUGAGAAUAUCCAGAAAAUUCACCAUUAACAAGGACCGAGUAAUGCGUUGUGGAUAACUGGAUAUUCAUUUACGAACCCACUCCACCCAUUUUGCCGGGAACCCCAUUUUGGAUAAAGUUUUGUAGGAUGCAUUCCCAAAGUAAAUAUUACUUUGAAUAACACAAUUUAUCUUACUUAUAUGUGCGUAAAAAAAAUUUAAAUUCUGACUUAAACGAUAGCGAUAUGGUUGGUUAAUUUCCAGAAAAAGAAAAAAAGGGUAAAACCUUGCACAAAUGUUACACUAUGUUUGGCAACAAGGGGGGGUGCAAGUUUGAGGGGGGUACAAGUUGAGGGGUAAAUUGUUGGGGGGUGCAACUUGGUGGAGGGUGUAAGUGGAGUGGUAAAUUGUUGUUUGGAUAAAAAAGUAGGGGGGUGCAAAUAGAGUAAAAAGUAAGUAAUUAUAUUAUUAAAUAGAUUUAUCAAUUUAUAAAAUAUUAUCACAAAAUAAUAACAUGAAAAUUCA